AUGGCGUAUUCCGUGGCAUAUUCCACAUUUGCCAAUGUGCCACCAGAAAAUGGUGGACCAACAGGCAGCGAAACAACAUCAGAUAUUUCUUGUGACAAUGUUGACUCUUCUAUGGAAAAAGCAAUUGCUGACCUUCCAGUACCACCUGAUGCACAAAUGGAAACAGCGACACUGCUGGAUCUAUACUCUGGCUGUGGUGCCAUGUCAACCGGGCUUUGCCAGGGUGCUCCAUUGUCUGGCUUAAAAUUGACUACAAAAUGGGCUGUAGACAUGAACGAAUAUGCUUGCGACAGUCUAAAGCACAACCACCCACGCACACAUGUACGAACCGAGAAGGCCGAGAAUUUUCUUAAACUCCUUCAGGAGUGGGAUAAACUUUGUAAGGAAUAUGACGUCCGUAAUAGCACUUGUCUACCACGGAUUUCGAAUGAUGAUGAAGAUGACGAAAAUGGAGUAAAUGAACCUCUUUCGGAGGGUACUUUUGAGGUCGAGAAGCUUGUUGAUAUAUGCUAUGGUGAUCCAAACAAAAUUGAAACAGACGGCUUGUGGUUUAAGGUAAGGUGGAAAACAUAUGAUUCCAGCCAUGAUACCUGGGAGCCCCUUGAUGGCCUUAGAGAUUCUCCGGAAUGUAUUAAAGAUUUUGUGGAGAGUGGAUAUAGGGAAUCCAUUUUACCCUUGCCUGGUCAUGUUGAUGUUAUCUGUGGAGGUCCUCCGUGUCAAGGAGUUAGUGGACUCAACAGAAACAGAAAUCAUAAAGAUCCGCUGGCGGAUGAAAAAAACAAACAGAUCCUUGUGUUUAUGCAGAUUGUCAACUACCUGAGGCCCAAAUACGUUCUUAUGGAGAACGUCGUAGACAUUCUAAAAUUUGCUGAUGGGUUCCUUGGGCGUUAUGCAUUAAGUCUCCUCGUAGCCAUGCGCUACCAAGCUAGACUUGGGAUUAUGGUUGCAGGAUGUUAUGGGUUACCACAGUUUAGGAUGCGAGCCUUUCUGUGGGGAGCUGUUCCAUCAGUGGUACUCCCAAAGUUUCCGCUUCCGACACAUGUUGCUACUAAGCGAGGACAACACGUGCCAACUAAAUUCUCGCAAUGUCUAGUUGCAUGUGAUGAAACGGAAUCUAAGCUUUUGGACAAAGCUCUUUUUCUUAAAGACGCGAUAGAUGAUUUACCAGAGGUUGAAAACCAUCAACCUAAAGAUGUGAUGGCAUAUAAAAGUAGACCCAACACGGAUUUACAGCGCUAUAUCCGUCUCAACCGCAAAGACACGGGGGACAACUCGCUUGGAGAUUCCACUCCAAAGGAAGGACAACUAUUUGAUCAUCAGCCGCUCGAACUGAAUAAGGAUGAUUACCAAAGAGUGCAGCACAUUCCCCAGAAAAAGGGGGCAAACUUCCGCGACUUGAAAGGUGUUCGGGUAGGAAAAAAUAAAAGCGUUGAGUUUGAUCCGAAUAUUCCUCGUCAAUAUCUUUCGUCGGGGAAGCCUUUGGUCCCUGAUUAUGCUAUGACGUUUGUCAAAGGGAGGUCACUGAAACCAUUUGGACGUCUGUGGUGGGAUGAAACCGUGUCUACUGUUGUGACCAGAGCCGAGCCUCACAACCAAGCCAUUUUGCAUCCCAAUCAGAACAGAGUUCUGACUGUUAGAGAAAACGCAAGGCUGCAGGGCUUCCCGGAUUACUAUAGGCUGUUUGGCCCCAUAAAACAAAAAUAUAUCCAAGUUGGAAACGCCGUCGCUGUUCCUGUAGCCCAAGCCCUGGGGUAUUCACUGGGACAGGCAUAUCAGCAGGGUGAAUUCAGUGGAGAGCAGCACCCCUUGUUCAAACUACCUGGGAACUUCGUCCCUGCGGCCCAAGCAACAGCUACAAGAUUGCAUCAAGGAUCUCCUGCAGGCGAAGUAGUGGAGGAAGAAUAAUUCUUUUGACCGACUGUUGAUUUUCACCAAUAUGCUUGUUGCCGAAACAUUGUCAUUUAUUCUGGAACACUGAGUUGUCCAGCUCACGGAAGGGCUGAAACUUGUAGCCAAGUUUAUUUAUUUUACCAUUGCUAGUAUUCAUUCAAAUUUUAGUAUUGUAACGGAAUGGGUGGUCUUG